AAUGUCACAGAGGUUCAAAGAAAAAAAGAAGCAAAGAGCCUGAGACGGGAGGUUUACUGGCGAGGAGUCGAAGAUCUCACAUCAACAACUACAGUACCUCGCAACGAUGGAGAGAUCCAAGCAGUUAACAUGUAUUUCGAUUCUUCUGCACUUGUGCUUCUGUCUCCUUCCUUCAACAAUAGCGAUUACAUCUGGGUCCACCGAAGGUUACACCAUUAGUGGCCGGGUUAAGGUCGAAAGUAUGGGUGCAAAAGGUUUCAGUCUUCCGGCAAAAAUAUCAAAUGCCAAAAUUAUACUUAAUGGCGGUCAAAAAGUUUCUUUUCUUAGACCUGAUGGCUAUUUUUCAUUCUACAAUGUGCCAGCGGGGACACAUCUAAUUGAAGUUGCUGCAAUUGGUUAUUUCUUUUCUCCGGUACGUGUCGAUGUCAGUGCUAGAAACCCUGGUAAAGUUCAGGCAGCACUGACAGAGAACAGGAGGAGUCUAAGUGAAUUGGUGCUAGAGCCUUUAAGAGAGGAACAAUAUUUUGAGAUAAGGGAACCCUUCUCCGUAUUGUCCCUCAUAAAGAGCCCGAUGGGUCUGAUGGUUGGCUUCAUGCUUAUUGUUGUAUUUCUCAUGCCCAAACUAAUGGAGAACAUGGAUCCUGAAGAAAUCAAGCGUGCUCAAGAAGAAAUGAGGACCCAAGGGGUUCCCUCCAUUGCCAACUUGUUGCCAGGAGCUGGAAGGAGCUGAGACGAAUUCUAACCACGAUAUAAAAGAGGACUUCAUCUGAGUUGGAGGGCUAUGUACUUGGAGGAGGGUGGAUUAAGGGUGUAAUGAACCAAAUGCUUCUCGCAAAUUCUGAACUUAUUGGCUCAGUUUCGAUCGUGGUUUUGUUGAAUUACGUGAACUCUUUACCCAGAGCUAAAAAUGUAGACAUCUCUCGUCAAACAAGACUUUUUUCUUUCCUUUUGGAGGUCUGUACUUGAGGAGGGGGCUGUAUACAUUCGAUUGUUCUCUGUUUGCAGUAUCCCAAAUUCUAUAUUAUUCUCUUCCUUUCUCUCC